UUCCUGCUCUGCUCUCCCUCAUGCAGAUUGGGCUUGUCAACUGGACGGGGGGGUAUCUCACCUGCGAGUGCUAUGGGGAUGGUGUCAGUGUCUUGGGGAGCUCGCUGGGAAAGAAACAGACCUGGAAGCUGAGGGUGACCACAGAGCAAGGGAAGCAGGACGUGGUGGCACUGGUUGGGCAUCAAGGGCAGCACCUCCUGGUGGAAGCAGAUGGCACGGUGCGUUGUGGACGGCCAGUGGCCGAGAAGCAGAGCCGGUUUCUGCUGGAGGUCCAUCCGAGUGGGGCCUGGACCCUCCAGCAGCUGGAGAGCCAGAAGUUCCUGGAGUCUGAUGGGGAGGACGUGUUCUGCGUGGCCCGAGGCCUGACGGCUCACCACCUGUGGAUGCCCCAGCUGGCCGAGCAUGCGCACGUGGUCCUCUUCAACCCCAGCAGCCAGCUCUACGCCCGGACUGACCCGGAACUGAAUCGGGUCUGGGUGGAUGCACCCGUGCCCUAUCUGGAGGAAUGCGGCUUCCUCCUGCGGUUCAGGAAGGGGGCCUGCCACUUGGAGACCUCCACCCACAAGUUUGUCUCCAGAGCAGAGAAGCUGGCCGCGAUGCCCUCUGCGGAGACGGCCUUUCACCUGAACCUGAAGCCUGGCUGCCUGGCCUUCCUCACGGACAUGGAGGGGCACGUCUUAUACCCGCAGGGCAGCCGGGGGCUCCUCUGCCUUGGGGACCACCCAGAGGAGAACGAGGAGUGGUUUGUCAUCCAGCGGUGCCCCCCGUGGGUCAGCCUGAGAACGAGAGCCAACCGAUUCGUCAGCAUCAUUUCUGACUCCGAAGUUUACGCUGGUCCUAAGAAGCUGAGCCCAAUGUCCACGUUCCUCUUUGAAAUGGACUCCAACAGCCAAACGGUGCAGAUAAAAGGUGUCCAUCACAAGUACCUGGCUCAGAGACCCUUCCGGAGCGUGCUGGCCAACGGGGCGGCCAAGGAGGCAGAGACCAGGUUCCAGGUCCUCUGGCAUUACGGGAAGGUCUUCCUGAGAGCUCCCGGGGGCCGCUACCUGGGAACCCUGCCGGUGGGGCUGCUGGUAGUUCGAGCCGCACACCCAGGGCCCCACGAGGAGUUUGUGCUGCGCUUUGCCAACCGCUCCUUCCUGGUGCUGCGUGGGCACUACGGCUACGUGGGCAGCUCCCCCUGCCGAGGGACCCUGCAGGGCAACCUCCUGGAGCCGGAGCCUGUGGAGAUCCUGCCUUGCAAGCACGGCGUCUACCACCUCCAGAGCCGUGGAAAGAGCUUUUGGUCCCUGACCCCAGAAAGGACCUUCAGCCCCUGGGGGAAGUUUGCCUUGAACUUCUACCUGGAGAUCCAGGGGAAGAACCUGCUGGCCAUCGUAGCCCCCAAUGGCUACUAUGUGCGUGGAGACCGGGAGGGUUGCCUGGUGGCUGACAGCGAGGAGAUCGCCCGAGACUGCCUUUGGGAGUUCUAGCCUCGGAAAGGCCUUGUCGGAAAGAGGGGCCCCGGCUGAGUGGCUGUCUGUCUGGGCACGCCCUGCAGGGCACUCCACCCUUGGUUGUCCCGAUUGGCGGCUGAGGAAGAGCUUGUUGCUGUCCGCAUGAGCCAAAGGGGGGCCCUCCCCUCGCCUGCGAAAUCCCGUGGGGAGGGCCCCUUGUGAGCUCUUUGCACCAAUGAAGUGGCUUCACCCCGUUUGGGCCCCUGUUGCGUUUUCUCCUUGGCCUCCUGGCUUUGGGAAGUGGGUCAGAGGUCUCUGCUCUGGGUUCAAAUGGCUGGAGGGAGGUGGGGGAGCUGUGAAUGAAUCCAAACCAGGCUUGUUGCUCUGUCUGGGGAGCAGGGCCGCUCCGAGAGGCCCUGAGGAUGGGCUUCCCUGCAGAUCUCCCCAGGCCGGCCACCGCCAGGCUGCCUCUCGGCCCCAGCAAGAGCUUUUGGGCGCUGCCUGUCCAGAGGACGAAAGGAAGAAUCCAUUUGGGCCCUGGAAAGGCCCGUGUGUGUGCGUGUGCGUGUGUGUGCGCACGCGCGCACACGCAGUGUCCCUUGUCUUCUGCCCAGAGGCCUAGGGUUUGCCUCCCCCAGGGCUCGGGGCAGAAGGGCACCCAGGAAGCCGCUGGGCCUCCCUCCUGGCCUCGGAAGGAGGGUCGAGGGCUACAAACAUUAUUGGAAAGGAUGGGGCAUGCGGAGGGGAUGAAGGGCAGUUGUCCACCUUAGUUAUUCCCCUCCCCGGCCCUUAGCUUGUGUUUUUCUCUGUGGCAGGAUCUGAUCUUCUCCAGCCUCAGUUUCCAUGCCUUCAGGAACUCCCCCGCCUUUUGCUUUCCCCGUCCGUCCCCGUGUUUUAUUCCCUCUGGGUCUGCUCUGUUCUCCUCCCCGCCCCUCCAUGCUGCUGCUGUCACUUCCCCGUUUAUCUUUCCUCCGGCCCCUCCAGCCUCUUUCCCUGCCUCUUCCAUGCAGCAGCCUCUUCUGGCUCUGCCCCAUCCACACACUGUCCCACUGGGACUCCUUUGGAUGGGCCUCCAGGUACCUUCUCUUCCACUAGUCCUGCUUUCUUCCCUUCUUUUCUUCAUUUCCCCCCAACCCCCUUCUUGACGCUGCACAGUAACCGCCUGCCCCACCUUUUGUCCUUCGCAGCAGGGCUUGGUCCUCCUUCGCAAACAAUCCCAUCAGCCGGGCUUUUAGUUGGGCCUAAACCGACUUCGUGCUUGAAUGGGCCAGGCACCUUUCUUAAAGUCUCCAUUCUUGCUAAUUCUGGCGUCUUCCGGUGACGAAAUUGCUUUUUCUGUACUAUAAGCUGUUGUGUUAAUCACAGUUCAGUGACAGGAAGCAGAAAACACC